AAUUCACUGUCAGUUGUGCUUUUUAUGUUCAUUUUGACGCCAUAAAAUAUCAAAAAACACUGAUGUUUUCCUUCAAGCGCAUGCAGAUUACUUGAGCUUUCAUCCUUACUGCGUGCAAUCGUAAAACUACAGGGAGCCACCUUAAUUUUAGGGCAUUAUUCUGCUGUUAUGCUCACAGGCUGACUACGUGGCUAGCCACCCAAUCCAUCUUCCCUAAAUCUGCCCCUGACACUUUCUGUUGUUCCAGUAAAUUUGCUUGGCUACUGACCAAGUGAGUAGGAAUGCCCUAUAAAAGUGUUUUCCACCUGCAUGUACACUUUCAUGUGCAUCAAAAUCAUUUUUGUAUGAAAAGUUUUGAAUGAGGACAUGUUUUAAACUGAGGCAAAGGCAACUCAGAAAUGGCCUUUUAGUUGGUAAUACAAAUCAUAGGAAUGUGUGGUUUUAUGGGCUAAAUUGACUUUAGAGACAAAUGUGCAAAUGCUUUUAUCUUGGUUGAAAUAUUUCUUUAGCAAACAUUUCACCACCAUUCUGUGUACUCUCAAUGAUCAUCUCAAAUGGAGCUCAUCUUUCUUUGUUUUUAUAAGACCCGUCAUGGGUUUUUUCUUGGUUUCUUUGUGUAACAAAUGUCUUAGUAAGUUGGAAUAAUGUUCGUGCCCAGUGGCCCAUCAGGCUGGCACUUACCGGUAUCUCCAGUUUCCAUUACUAGCAUAUAGUGACUAGGAGUAUUUCUACUCCUCCCUGAAUAGGAUAAAUUUAUCUGAUUAUAGACGGUUAUCCUGAAGCAAGGCAACCUACGGUUAGGAAACUUCAUUAAGUAGGAAAAUAAAUGUCUUGUGAAGUGGGAAAUACUAUAAGUCUGAAAUUUUGAAAAUUUUGAUACAAAAGCUCUUGUUGAUUCAUAAAAGCACGUUUAUUAUGCAGUACAUAAAAACUACAUUGUAGACGAACUGUUGCACUAGUAAAAGAAUACAAGCUGAUUUUUUUCCAACAGUUACUAAAUACUUGUUUCCAGUGAAAUCUUUAUUGACAAAUAAAAUAAAUUUACUGACAGAUAAAAUAAAUUGGCAAUGUAACAAGUUAUUUGAAAGAGACACUGCAUGCAUGCUAAGGAAGUAGCUGGGCCAUGAAAAGAAAAGUAAGCCAACUUGAACAGUUAGUAUACUAUAAUAAGCAGCUCCACAUGAAAGUACAGUUCAUUAGCUUUCAUUUGAAUGGUCACGCACUAGGGUAUCAUCCACAGACUCAAAAGUUCCUUCGCGAAAGUACUUGUCAGUAACAGCUUUGAACAUUUAUAUUGUUUAACGCUUGGGUUUUGUCCUUAGUCAAAAAAGUUUAAAACAUCUUACGCUGCGUCAUAAUAAUAUUGUUUGAUUGCUGUCAUUUCAGUGGUAAAGGUCGUCACACACAAGGGGACUUGUUGCGGGCACCUGAAGCUGAGAGAAACCCCCUGUAUUUUGGCAUAAAAAUGUGAUAAAGCGGACACAGUUUGAACAAGCAGUGCACACAUUGCAACGUUAAAAUUGUUGUCAUUUUGUCCCUACUUCAUGGCGCACGAAUUCAAACCAGCUGAAUUUCAUGCAAGAGAAAUCUUUUUUGCAAAAACAGGCAUGCCACUCGUGGAAAAUUGGCCCUCCAUCAUGACCUCGCUACAUGUUUCACGCAACAUGCUCCCCUGGUGUGUGCCGGACUUUAUACCCAAGGGAAACAUUGCAUUACCUAAGCUUUGACUUUAGGAAGGAUAUAUUUAAUUCAGAAAUACACGAGUAUAGUUCCAAAGUAGUUCAAUUUCUACGUUUUUAAUUAUUUUUUUUUUUUGCAGUCAUCUGUUUACAUGUAAUAUAUUCAUCAUUGCUUCUUUAGAAGUGUAAGAUAAGGAAGGUUUCUCACGAGUUUAAAAGAAUGUGACAGACUUCUUGUUAUUCUUUUAGAUGAAGCAGAUCGUGGUUUAGUAAAGAUAAUCGGCUUUGUAAAGCUGAUAAUUUUGGAUGUUUCUCUCUAAACCAGUUUUUUUUUUUAUUGAUUUCAAAUGAUUGACAAGUCUCUUCAAAAUGACGCAAGUGUCCAUUGUGAGUGAACCAUAUUUAAACAGAGCAGUUUGCAUUUACAUUCCUGUUGGAGCCGGUUGACUGCACAAAUUUGCAUUCCUCAGAGUUGUUUCAAAAGCUAGUGAUCUUGGCUUGGGUUGUGUUUUGUGAUGCGCUAAGCGACCUGGAGAUUGAAGGUGUAGGGGCAUCUAAAUUAUUGCUUCUUUGCUUUGUGCUAAUUAUUUCCACACCUUGGGUGAUUUCCAAUUGCAGCAAAGGAGACUGACCCAGCCUGCGUGCUUUCGUCGACAGUUUUAUCAAGGCAGCGAUUGAUUUUGGUAACCAACCAUGUGCCAGGAACAUCAUUGUGACUGCUGCUCAGAUGAAUUACCAGAAGACUCGUGUGCAUGCGUCGAUUGUUACCAUGGCGACGAAGACUCCGAAGAUUUUAAUUAUUUCUCGCCAACUGUGAAAUGGUAUGGCAUCGCAAAUCCGACAGAUAUCUGUCCAUCAAAGAAACGUUGUUUCGACAGUUGGGAAAAUGAUUGUAAUGAGAAAAAGCAGACCGACCCAUGCCCUCCAGCUCCUUGUGCAAAACAGUCCAGCAGUUCUUUCGACAGUGGGAAAGGUGUGUGUAGUGGAGAAAACCAACCCAGCACAAACCCUUCUUCUUGCGCGAGACAGCCAUGUGACGAGGCGACUGACCCUUGUCGCGAUGAGUCGAGCUGCAAAAGCAAUUGCUGCUCUGAAAUUAUUGACGAAGAAGAAAGAGGUAGAUUUCAGCCAAGCGAGUGCAACUCUCCGGAAAAGACACAGCAACAGAAAGAAGAUGUAUGCUGCGACAAAUCAUCGCGGCCACGAGGUCAGGAUGCUGCCGCUUUGGAAUCGCCUUCAUGUGGAGUCUGUUGUUCCGGAAACGAAACGUCACGCAGUGAGACGAGUGAGGCAGCUGAUCCUUUGAGAAGAACCCCCCCUGACUGCUGUGAAGAGAUAUGCAGAGAUGACUGCUGCAGUCCUUGUCAGUCAACAUGCAACUGUCCAGAUGAGGACACUGGGAGACCGUCCAGUUCAGCUGCUGCAAGCUCAGUUUCUACUUGCUGUGAUACCGGAAGCUCUUGUCAGAGUCCUUGUGGUCAGGGCAAACUCCCUGAUGGUAAAUGUCAGUCACGCAAUCCAGCUAUAACCUUCAGCUGUUCGCCACACGAAGACAGGUGCUGUGACAGUAAACGCUGUAAUGGAUCCACGAGCAAGUUAUCUGCAAAUUCCUGCUGCGAGAAAAAUCAGCUCACCAUAUCAAUUGAAGACUUUUUCCCUCAGAGUAAAUCCGGAAGCAGAAUCUCAAUGACCGACUGCAGCGGUUUUUACCCGACCACCCCUCCCACAUCACCGCGAAGUCUUCCGGAAAGUGACAGCGCUGGCGGGACGAAACCAGUUGUACGCGAAAGGACAACCAAACUGCGAGUCCAGAACAUCUGCUGUCCGAUGGAAAGUAUGCUCGUUCAAGACUCCCUAGAGCCAUUGGAAGGCGUCGUGUCAAUCGCAGUCAAUGUCAUCGGUCGCGUUGUAUACGUUCGUCACGACCCGGAAGUGACGUCAGCCACCGAGUUGGUCAAUACACUCAACCGCGUGCACCUGGGAGCGAGCAUCAUGGAAAGCGGAUCUCGCCAGCAUGGAAAGGACAGUGAAAAGAUGCCUCUUUCCUUGUCGUUGCUUUUAGUUUACCUUUUGAUCCAAACCAUUCUUUUAAUGGUAGGCGUUGUAGCAUUCUUUGCUGAGACGUCCUGGUAUCAGUGGGUGGCAAUUGCAGAAAUUGUCUUUGGCAUUGCCCCAGUGCUGAUGAAAGCAUAUGUCUCCAUCAAGACCUGCAGUGUUGACAUCAAUAUGCUCAUUCUCAUUGCCAUAGCAGGAACGCUGGCCAUUCGGGAGUGGCUCGAGGGCGCCGCUGUAGUGUACAUAUUUUCCUUCGCCGAAGCACUGCAGGAGUUUUGCAUGUACAAAGUUCAGCGGACUCUCUCGGGGCUAAUGCUCAAAGCACCUCAAGUGGCGAUAUUGGCUAGUACCGGCGAAUGUGUCCCAGUGAAAGAAGUUACCAUAGGAACGGCUAUCGCCAUUAGACCAGGAGAACUUAUUCCACUGGAUGGCGAGGUCGUGAAGGGGAGAGCUGCUGUAGACGAGAGUUCUGUUUCAGGCGAAUCUGUUCCUGUUGAAAAAACAGUGGGUUCUAAGGUCUCUAGUGGAACAGUCAAUCAAAAUGGAUACCUAGAGGUGAAGACUACAUCUGACUCGACCACCUCUACAGUCUCCAAGGUGGCACAACUAGUCCAAGAAGCCCAAACUGGUUCAGCAAGGACCGAAGUUGCCAUAAACCGGUUUGCAAAGUAUUAUACUCCAGCAGUGGUCAUAUUAGCCGCAUUAGUGUUCGUUAUUCCAGCCAUCCUUGGUGCUGCAGGUGUGGGAACUUACUCACAAGAGCUUAUAGAAUGGGGUCGACGAGCGCUCGUUCUUCUGGUCAUAGCGUGUCCCUGCGCACUGGUCAUGUCCACCCCGAUUGCUAUUGUCUGUAGCAUCACUGCGGCUGCACGGAAAGGAGCUCUGAUUAAAGGAGGAGUCCACCUUGAGACUCUGGCUCAGCUAAAAGUUCUUGCCUUUGAUAAAACUGGAACUCUGACCGAAGGGAAGUUUCAGGUCGUCGAUAUUGUAUGUGCCUUUGGUGUGCAUGAACGAGCUACGUUACGCCUAGCUGCCGCACUUGAAAGCAAAUCCAGUCAUCCUCUGGCGGCCGCCAUAGUUAAUGAAUUUGCGGGUUGUGUUGCGGAAAUGGUCAAGUCACAAAGUGUUACUUUACCGGAAGUGUCACGUUUCAAACUUCGCGAAGGGCUAGGUAUUGCCGGUGUCGUGGAUGGUCAUCUUGUCCAGAUUGGGAACUUUGAAUUCCUUCAUCGCAUUUGCGGCAAAGAGCUGAACACAUACAUGGAGAACAAAUACAUCACUUGGAGCAACGAAAGCAAAACCGUGAUCUUCGUGUGUGUAGACGGUAAGCUGGCUAUGAUGAUAGCUCUUGCUGACACCAUCAGACCCAACAGUCUUGCUGCUCUUGAUCGGCUGCGAAGGGUUCGCAUCCAGACUGCCAUGAUCACAGGGGACAACUCGCGCACAGCCUUGGCCGUGAAGAGUAAAUUAGGCCUGGACGAGUGUAUUGCCGAGAUGAAACCGCAGGACAAACUAUCGUGGAUCAAGGAGAGACAGGAUGGGACGCAAGAGACUGAGUGCGAGGUGCUUUACGAUGAUCAGGAAUCCACAAGGCGUUUCUUACCUAGUCGCUGUUCACGUCGCCGCUACAUUACAGUCAGAUCACGUAGCAGCAAGAAAAGCAUUGUGGGUAUGGUGGGUGAUGGUGUCAACGAUGGUCCAGCUCUGGCCGCGGCGAAUAUCGGGAUUGCAAUGGGCGCUGGAGGGACAGCUUUAGCAGUGGAGGCGGCAGAUGUGGCAUUGAUGAGUAACAACUUGGCUAAAAUACCAGAGCUGGUGGAACUUGGGCGAUACUGUCGUCUUAUUAUGGCAGAAAACAUCUCGUUGUCCGUCGUUCUUAAGCUGGGCAUAGUCAUUGCAGCACUGUUAGGGAAGGCCAUGCUGUGGAUGGCUGUUCUGGCAGAUGUACUUGGAUUGCUGUUUGUGGUAUUGAAUGGUUUGAGGCCGUUAUGGUGGAAGACUGCCAAGAAGGAUGAAGCUAAAACCACGGAUGUUGAACUCGCGUUUGCUAAAAGCGCCCGGCCACUCUACUCUUACGAGUCUUACGUGUAGGAAAGGAUUUCGACGUUCACGGGAAAGGUCGAGGUUUAGUUGUUCGUCGUUUCUAUUCACUUUCUUGUUUUAAACUUUGUUUAGAGUACCAUAACAUAACACAAGCUCCUGAAAGAAACCUUAAAUUUCAACCGUUUAAAAGUUCAUUUCAUCAAGUACUCAUUCUGUCAACUUAGCGAUUACUGGGACUGUGGCCAAUGGUCGUCGCCUUCCCGAAUAAUUUACGAUGAACAUUGGCCAAUCAGGGACGAGCACUCUCGUACAUUUCCGAACGUGGUGACGUCAGCACGUCAUUUGUAAGAACUGCUCAUAUUACAAGGCAACCUUCCAUGGACAACCGCUGUCCAAGAACAGGGUGCAAAUUGUUUCUGACUUGUUCUGAGGUGUAUUAAACGCUGUACAAUGUAGUUCGUUGUUUCCUAUCGCCACAUGUGUAUAACGCUCAACUAUGAAAGGUAGUUAGCUCAGGGAACUUUGAGUAUCAAACAAGUGUUUGGGGUGUUAUGAUUAUCAAGAUUAAUUAUUGAGAUAGGAAUGAUUCUUAUCGGUAGCAUUUAAAUUUCACCGAUCAGGAAAUCAUUUUUUAGAUAGUUACUGGUUAAUAUAUUUAAGAUAUAUUCUGUAAAAACAAGAAGAACAACGAAAAAGAAAAACAAAACAUAAUGAUAUUUUUGGAUUUUUCAGUUUGGAUCAAGAUUUAAAUAUUGGGCUUUAAAUUUGGAAAAUCAGUUCAUGGGUCAGUCUAGUACUACUCCACUAGACUCAUUUUAAAGAGUGAAAUUAUAUUCAUAAAUCAACAUUUACUUCUAUCCAAAAGAGUCUUCAUCUUAUGGUCUUGACAUGAUUCUGUGUUUUGCAGUGUUUCACGUCUUAGAUAUAACGUUAAUAUGUGCACAAAUACGUAAUUACUAUAAUCUGUCUACUCCGAACUGUUAGCUAGAAAUCAAUGGAAUUUGUUUCCAGGCUCUUUUUAUGUGUGCGAUGUAUUUUGUUAGGUUUGUCAUCGAGGGUAGCAUGCAGAGAGAGCCUGGGGAUGAACUCUCGCCAGGUUAUCUAAUUAGAAUUCUAACCUGACUCCUAGGCUUAGAAGAAUAACACAAAAGAAAGUACAUUGAGGUUGAAAGAUGAAUAACAAUUUCUUUUGUUUUAUGUCUUUCAGGCCUAGGGCUAAACUCGAAAUUGGCCUAUUGUGAAUCAGACCUUUUCAGAUCUUGUAGUGGUAUCUUCGUGUAUUUUCGUGCAUAGUUUAAUUGCGUCUUAGAAAUUCCAUUACACAUGACUUUUCUCAAGAUGAAAUAAAUCAAUGAGAUGAUUUUGAA